CAACAAUUCCAAAACAAGCAUUUGAUAUGAUUUCAUAGUUUGUAGCAUGUUAUCGAUCAAGUUCAUCAAUGAGUUAUGGAAUGAUCUUCUUGGUCAAAACGCAAAAAUAUAUACAACAAAAGUUGACUCACUCAGCACAAUCCCUUUGAGGUUAAUAACUAUAAGAUUUGUAAGCUUAUUGUUAGUGAGAAUAGUGUGAGCUAGCUGAGGGACAUAAUGUCCAGCAUAGCUUUCUCCGGUGAUGAACAAGUCUCGAGAUUUGUAGUGUGGAAAUCUGUGAAGCCACUUUACAAGAAAAGUGUAAGAGUCCAUUACUGUGCUCUUGUCUCCAGUGUUUGAGUAGUCUGAAGAAGUGUUUGAAUAUGAAAAUCCAACUCCUGCUGGUAAAGUGAUGACUCUAGUGUCAGACAGACCAUGCUCUCAUGCAUUCAAACUUAUUUCCUUACACCACAAUUACCAUACAUAGUGGCCACCCUCCUUUGUUUGUUGUUCUCAUGAAAUUCAGCUGCUUAUUAAUCUUUUAGUAUAAAAUCUGAUUGUACAUUCCUUUAUUUUCUUAAAAGCUUGGAACAAUUGUCUUAUUUUUUACAUUACUCUUGUUGCUUUGGCUAUGUGCCCAUCUGAACCCUUUGUACUUUCUGGAGGGAAGGACAAAUGUGUGGUUUUAUGGAGUGUUCAUGAUCAUAUUUCAACUUUAGCUGUUGAAGAAGCACCCACUGUUAAACAGAUCUCUAUAAGUGGGGGAAAUAAUUCAAAAGCUACAGAAAGCCCUACUAUUGGACCAAGGGGCAUCUACCAGGGUCAUACGGAUACUGUUGAAGAUGUGCAAUUUUGCCCAUCAAGAAGCGGAUGAUGUGCCCUUGGAGCAAGCAUUGGAGAAUGAAGAAGACACAACCC